AUGGGGGAUGGUGCCGGAAUUCAGGGGGAGGAGAAAUGUUCCUGUCCUGAAUGUGGGGAAAGUUUUACCUCUGAAUUAAGUCUUACUGUACAUCAGAGAUCUCACACAGGUGGGAAGUCUCAUUCCUGUUCUAAGUGCGGGAAAUGUUUUCUUAAAAAAUCUGAACUUUUCAUACAUUACAGAUCUCACACGGGCAAGAAGCUGUAUUCCUGUCCCAAGUGCAAGAAAUGUUUUACACAAUUGUCUCAGCUUUAUAUUCAUCAGAGGUCUCACAAGGAGAAAAAGCUCUAUUCCUGUCUUGAGUGUGGGAAAUGUUUCAAAUGGAAAUCAGGACUUGUUCUACAUCAAAGAUCUCACACAGGGGAGAAGCCUUAUUCCUGCUCUGAGUGCAGGAAAUGUUUUUCAGAUAAGGCCAGACUUUGCAGACAUCAGAAGAUUCACACGGGGGAGAGGCCAUAUUUCUGUUCUGAGUGUGGGAAAUCUUUUUCACAGGUAUCCCAUCUUCACACACAUCAGAGAUCUCACACAGGGAAAAAGUUGUAUUCAUCUCACACAGGGGAGAUGCCUUAUUCCUGCCCCAAGUGCGGGAAAUGUUUUUCAGCUAAGUUCAGACUUUACAGACAUCAGAGGGUUCAUACAGGGGAGAGGCCGUAUUUUUGUCCUGAGUGUGGGAAAUGUUUUUCACAGAAAUCAGACCUUGUCAGACAUCAAAGAUCUCACAGAGGGGAAAAGCCAUAUACCUGCUCUGUGUGCGGGAAAUGUUUUUCACAGAAAUCGGUCCUCAUUAUACAUCGGAGAUCUCACACUGCUGCGAAGCCGUAUUCCUGCCCUGAGUGCGGAAAAGGUUUUUCCCAGAAAUCAGAGCUUGUUAUACAUCAAAGAUCCCACACAGGGGAGAAGCUGGAUGACUGCUCUGAGCGUAGGAAAUCUUAUCCACGGAAAUCGAAACUUGUCACACAUCAAAGAUCUCACACAGGGGAGAAGCUGGAUGACUGCUCUGACCGUAGGAAAUCUUAUCCACGGAAAUCAAAACUUGUCACACAUCAGAGAUCUCACACGGGAGAGAAGCGAUUUUCCUGCCCUGAGUGCGGGAAAUGUUUUCUCUACAAAUCAGGCAUUGUUAGACAUCAAAGAUCUCACAAUGGGGAGAAACCAUAUUCCUGCCCUGAGUGCGGGCAAUGUUUUUCACAGAAGUCAGACCUUGUUCGACAUCAAAGCGCUCACAGAGGGGAAAAGCCGUAUUCCUGCCCUGAGUGCGAGAAGUCCAAUUUGUAUAGACAUCUGCGGACUCAUACAGGGGAGAAGCAGUAUACAUGUCCUGAGUGCGGGAAAUGUUUUAUACGUAAAUCACACUUUGUUAUACAUAAAAGAUCCCACACAGGGGAGAAACCAUAUUCCUGCCCUGAGUGUAGCAAAAGUUUUUUGGAGAAGUUCAGUCUUUACAGACAUCAGAGGAUUCACACAGGAGAGAAGCCGUAUUCCUGUAGUGAGUGUGGGAAAUGUUUUUCACAGUCAUCCCAUCUUUACACACAUCAGUGUUCUCACAAGGGGAAAACGGGACACUCCUGUCCUGAGUGCGGGAAAUGUUUUUCACAGAAAUUAUUCCUUGUUAAACAUCAAAGAUCUCAUACAGGUGAGAAGUCAUUUUCCUGCCUCGAGUGUGGGAAAGACUUUCUACGGAAGUGGAAUCUUGACAGGCAUCAUUUGAUUCACACGGGAGAAAAGCCGUAUUCCUGUCCUGCGUGCGGGAAAUGUUUUUCACAGAAAUCAGCCCUUUAUAGACAUCAACGGACUCACAGGGGGGAGAAGCCGCAAUCCAUCCGUGAGUGA